CCUCGCAGCGACACGAUCGCUCCCCCCGCGCUCAUUCACCGCCUUACUUAGCUAAUGUUCUAACGGAGCUUUACAAUUCUCUUUGAUACGAUAAAUAUGUCUACCUUGAGCCAUCACCCGUACGCGUUUUCGAUGCACCCGGGCAUGCUGCCGGAAUACCCAAGCGCGCCGCAGCCGCUGCCCGCCUCCAGUCCGCAAGCCGAGGGCCACAUUAAGCGGCCCAUGAACGCUUUUAUGGUGUGGUCGCGUCUGCAGCGCCGUCAGAUUGCCAAGGAUAACCCCAAGAUGCACAACUCGGAGAUAUCGAAGCGGCUUGGCGCCGAGUGGAAGCUGCUGACGGAGAUGCAAAAACGGCCUUUCAUAGAUGAGGCCAAGCGGCUGCGAGCGCUGCACAUGAAGGAGCACCCUGACUACAAGUACCGGCCACGACGUAAGCCCAAGCCGCCGACGGCAGGUGGUGCUCCAGGCGCCGGUGCCUUCCCGAGCUUUCCGCUGCCGUACUUCGCAGGCCCGGCGCCGGGCGUGGGCCCGCUGGAUGCGCUGUCUUACUCCGCUGUGCCGCCCUACUUCCCGCACCAGCUAGACCACCUGCAGUUCUCCAAGCUGAUGGCGCCGACGGCGGAGAAGUUGCCGACGGCAUCGUCCGCGGCGGCCGUGGUGUCGUCCUUCUACUCGUCGCUGUACACAUCGCCGGCGGCGCCGCCCAAGCCCUUCCCGUCGCCGCUGUUCCACCAGUACGGCGCGGCGCCCGCGUCGCCGGUGUCGCCCGCCGGCGCACAGCACAGCCCGCACGACGAUCAGCUGCGGCGGCCCGUUUCCGUCAUAUAUUGAAGGCCAACCUGCCUGCCUUGAGGCGCCCCGUCUUGAGGUGCGGCAAAGACUAAGUGCUCGUGGACGGUGUUGAACGUUUUGCGAACCUUAUUUAUUGAUUUUUAGAAUUAUCCUUAGUCAAUAAUCGUACGGAGUGCGGUCGCGAGGCAAGCGGCUUGUAAAUAUGUCGGUAUAGACUAGGUAUUAAUAGGCCCGCUAGGUGGGUGAAACGAUUCGUUUGCAAACUGUGAUUUUCCUUCGAAUAUUCGAUGCGUUUCUCGAAUUAGUUUAGUUGUAGGUCCGUUCGAUCAGCUAUGUGAAGUGAGAUUGCUACCAAAAAGAGAUUAUGUUCCGCUAGGUGUCAGUAUAUUUAGGAGAGUAGUUAAGUCGUGUCGAUGUGUAUUUCUGAUUGUUUUGUUCGCGUCCUAUGUAUCGUAUGUUUUGUUAAGUUUGAUUGUUAGAUCGCCGGAGCCGAGGCUCUCCUCCGAUCACUCUGCGUAACUUUAUUUAUUGAUGUCCGCUGUCGAUGCGCAGUUCAAAUGUAAAUUGUCUGUUACUUGUAAGUUCUCUAGCUCGUAACAAUUGUACAUAUUAGUUUUUAAUUCGGAAUCGAUGUCAUUACCAACGAUGUAUUAUAGAAUUUGAGAUUAAAAAAUAAUUUGUUA